UUAAAUAAAGAAAGACUAGAGAAGGUAUUAUAUUACCCCCCUACUUCCUCGGGUAUCUAAAACAUACCUGAGACCCCAGGAGUCAGUUACUUAUUACAUUGCAGCCAUGAAGCAGCCUAAGAACCCAAGUUAUACAAUCAUGACCUUUCACCCAACCACGGAAGAAUUUAAAGAUUUCCCCAGAUAUAUUGCGUACAUGGAAUCCAAAGGGGCACACCGCGCAGGCCUGGCCAAGGUGAUUCCCCCCAAGGAAUGGAAAGCCAGGCAGACCUAUGACGAUAUCAGUGACGUCUUAAUAGCAACUCCCCUCCAGCAGGUGGUCUCCGGGCGGGCAGGUGUGUUUACUCAAUACCAUAAAAAGAAGAAAGCCAUGACAGUGGCGGAGUAUCGCCAAUUGGCAAACAGCGGAAAGUAUCGGACUCCGCCACACUCGGAUUUUGAGGAUUUGGAGCGAAAGUAUUGGAAAACCCGCCUGUACGAUUCUCCGAUUUAUGGCGCUGACAUCAGCGGCUCCUUGUUUGCGGAAAACACUCAACAGUGGAACCUUGGCCACCUGGGAACCAUCCAGGACCUGCUGGAGCAGGAGUGCGGCGUGGUCAUCGAGGGCGGCGUCAACACGCCCUACCUGUACUUUGGCAUGUGGAAGACCACCUUCGCCUGGCACACGGAGGACAUGGACCUUUACAGCAUCAACUACCUGCACUUCGGGGAGCCCAAAACCUGGUACGCGGUGCCCCCGGAGCACGGCCGGCGCCUGGAGCGCCUGGCCACCGAGCUGUUCCCGGGCAGUGCCCGCGCCUGUGACGCCUUCCUGCGGCACAAGGUGGCUCUCAUCUCGCCCACGGUCCUCAAGGACAACGGGAUCCCCUUCAAUCGGAUCACUCAGGAGGCUGGCGAGUUCAUGGUGACGUUUCCCUAUGGCUACCACUCUGGCUUCAACCACGGCUUCAACUGCGCAGAAGCCAUCAACUUCGCCACCCCGCGAUGGAUCGAUUAUGGCAAAGUGGCGUCUCGGUGCAGCUGCGGGGAGGCCAGGGUCACCUUCUCCAUGGACGCCUUCGUGCGCAUCCUGCAGCCGGAGCGCUAUGAGCUGCGGAAGCGCGGGCAGGACCGGACUGUUGUGGACCACACGGAGCCCACCUCGCCAGACAAGGGGGAGCUCAGCGCCUGGUGGGGGAGGUCUGCCCGGAAUCUCCAGCCAGUUGGCAGACAUGAGUUGUCAUCAUCGUCCUCAGGAACAGGAGGCUCAGGAGUCGACUGCCCAUGCCUGGGCCAAGACGCCCUGCACACUCCGGACCCCGAGGCUAGUCCUGCCCCGGGACAAUGCUGGCUAUCAGACCCCUGCAACCUGCCAUCGUGCUAUGGCUUCCGCAGCUCAGAGUCCUUGAACGGACCUUGCUUCCUCCGGUCCCUCCCAGUCCUUCCUGGUUGCCUCAGAUAUGCCACCACUUGACACUGUUAACAAUCGUUGGAGCUCUGGGCCAAGGUGGAGGUUGCAAAACGCUGUUAUGUUUCUGGUAGAGCCCUCCCCAAAUGCUGCUGAACUCUGGAUCUCCGGCAGUAAAUAGCAUCAGUUCCUUGGUUUCAUUUGCGUCUCGAGCUUGUUGUGGUUAAGAAGAUUAGGUUUGGCAUCAACCAGAUUCAAAUCCUAGCUCUGUCACUCACUAGAGGUUACGGGAAACUGAGCAGGUCAAUGCACCCUUUCAGAGCUUCAGAGCCCUCCUCUGGAAAAUGGGACACUG